AUGCACAAAAUACUAAAACGCCAACACUUUUUCUCAAAAAAACCAAACCAAUCCCAUUUUUUCUCUUCAAAUACACCCAUUCCCUUACCUUAUGGGACAGAAACAAAUGACCCAUUAUACAAAGACGUACCAAAACCUGUUAGAGACAAGUCGAAGAGAAAACCAUAUGUAACACCAAUGAAAGUGCUCAUUAAAAGAGCUAAAGAAGAAAAAGAAGCAAGAAAGUUACAACCUUGUAGAAUGUUAGAGAAUUCACCUGAUAAUGGUUUGUUAGUCCCUCAACUUGUUCCUGUUGCUCACCAAGUUUAUAAAGCUCGUGAAGUUUUGAUUUCUGGGAUUUCUAAGCUUGUUAAAGUUAUUCCUGUUCAGAAAUGCAGGUUCUGCCAUGAGUUACAUAUUGGCCAUGCGGGUCAUGAAAUUCAAACUUGCACUGCUCCAGGAAGUGGAAUGAGGAGUUCCACUCAUGUUUGGAGAAAGGGGAGAGUGCAUGAUGUGGUUUUUUUCCCUAAAUCCUAUCAUCUUUAUGAUCGUGUUGGCAAGCCAAGAGUUGGGCAUGACGAGAGUCGCAGGGUCCCUCGUAUCCCUGCCAUUGUAGAGCUCUGUAUACAGGCUGGUGUCGAUCUUGAAAAGCACCCUACAAAGAGGAGAACAAAACCUGUGUACUCUAUUGAAGGAAGAAUUGUAGACUUUGAGCAAGUGGCGGAGAAUGAUGAAAUUAGGAGUAGUUUGCAUCAUGAGAACAUUGAUCCUCCAGUGGGUUCUGAUUUUGGGAUCAAAUUUGAUGAAGCAAGAAAGUUUAUAUUGGAGAAAGAAACUGCUGAUCAAUUGGAAGAGACACAUGAGGAAGCCACUGAUUUAAGGGAAAUAAGCGUUGGUACAUUGGAGUCAUGGUUCGAAAUGAUAUCUGGAGCAAAGACAAUCAUGGAAAAGUAUGGUGUGUUAACCUGCGGAUAUUGUCCUGAAGUUCAGGUAGGUCCCAAGGGACACAAGGUGAGGAUGUGCAAGGCAACAAAGCAUCAGUUUCGUGAUGGUCAGCAUGCAUGGCAAGAAGCAACUAUUGAGGAUCUUGUGUUUCCCAAUUACGUUUGGCAUGUUCGAGAUUUGAAUGGGCCUCCUCUGGAUAACAAGUUGAAGAGGUACUACGGCAAGGCUCCAGCUGUAGUGGAGCUGUGUGUGCAGGCUGGUGCACCUGUUCCGGAUCAAUAUCGAAGUAUGAUGAGACUAGAUGUGGUUCUUCCUGACCGUGAUGAAUUUGAUCUUGUUGCUUGA